GUUAUUCCUAACCGGAUGUUUACCGGAGCCGGGAAAAAAAUUACUGGAAGCCAGGAGAAACGCAAGCGCAGAGCGCAGAUAGAUUUCAAAUGUCAAUUGUCAUGUUCUAAAAUCGUGUUCGGUUCUAGACAACAAUCAACAGAAAAAAUGGCGUUUGCAUCACCUAUGCCAAGCAGAGAAUUUCUCUGGGACGUUUUUCAGAGGGUUGAUAGAGACAGAAGCGGGUAUAUUAGUGCAGAUGAAUUGCAGCAGGCUUUAUCAAAUGGAACAUGGAGCCCCUUUAAUCCAGAAACUGUACGACUAAUGAUUGGUAUGUUUGAUAAAAAUAAUCGUGGACAAGUAAAUUUUGAAGAUUUUGGAGCUUUAUGGAAAUAUGUAACUGACUGGCAAAAUUGCUUUAGAUCUUUUGAUAGAGACAACUCAGGAAACAUAGACAGGCAUGAAUUGAAGACUGCUCUUACAACAUUCGGAUAUAGGUUAUCAGAUACAUUGGUUGAUUUAUUAAUAAGGAAAUUUGAUAGACAUGGUCAUGGAACAAUACUUUUCGAUGACUUUAUUCAGUGCUGCAUUGUUUUAUAUACAUUAACUUCUGCAUUCCGCCAAUAUGAUACUGACCAAGAUGGUGUAAUUACUAUACAUUAUGAGCAGUUUUUAUCCAUGGUUUUCAGUUUAAAGAUUUAACUGCGUUGAGGUGUGGCCUUUACAUUAUUUAAUCAGUAAUACCUAGUAUGUUUUAAGAAUAAUGUAUACUGUAGGAAUCUUCAAAUGUAAUACCUAUUAGAAAUAAGCUCAAUUAUGGCCAAGUUAUUUACAAGCUUUAAGUAUUAUAUUUAUGAAACCUUCUAGGUGUUGUAAAAUUUCUAUCAGUAAAUAAUUAAAGAUGUAUUUUCAGUAAA